ACGGAAAGGAACGGAAUUUAUCAGCGUUAGUAAUGGCGGCCUCCAUGCAACAUUUUUCUCUACAAGAUUGUAAAGGAGCAUUGCAAGAAAUUCUCUUUGCAUUUCGGGAACCAGGCAAUGUGAGGCGACUGGAUGAAGCCAGAGACCAUGCUGGUAAUGACAUGUUAAGAGCAAUGCAAUCAGUGUUCCCUGUAGCUUCACAAAUACAGAUGGAGGUUAUAGAAAAAUAUGGAUUCCCUUCAGAUGGUGAUGGGGUUAUACGAUUCACUCAGGCAGUAAAGGUAUAUGAGAAGCAAGACCAGGAUGUUGCCCAACUUAACAGCCAGCUUCGUGCCAUACUGAUUCCACCUAUAGCUGCACAUGGUCCUAGCACAAACGGGUCGUGACGGAAACCAGCUUAGAAUAAUUUGUCGUUGUAAAUAACUCAUGAUGAAGAAAAUCAAAUACUAAACACUGGAUGUCAAGCUGUGCUUGCUUUCAUUCCAAGUGCUUUUAUACAGAAAAUUGUCAUUAUUUACAUUUUUUUGUACACAUAUAAUUAUGUAUUAUAUGCAAAUUGUGUUGUGAAUGUGAUAUUCUUAUAUACACUAUAAAUAGUUGUCUCUGUUCUUCACGAUGUGAAAAACAACAUUAGUAGAAAUGUUAUUUUCAUUUGUUGUUGAAAUGUAAUUCAAUGUAAGUUCAGUUAAGAAUACUAUUUUAGUCAAAAUGAUCAGAUCAAGUUAAAGAAUUCUUGAUUUUGGUUCACUAGCCACCAUAUUCAAAGGUAAUAAAUGAAUUUUUAUGAUUCAAUCAUUGUAAAAAAUUUCAUCAGAAACUUAAAGGAGCAAAAAAAAAAAAUGAAGUAUUUUAAAAAUAUCAUAUUAGACUAUAGAAGUAUAUGAACACUUGCAUACAUAAAAUACAGGCACUUGUAUUAGCUUUUGUUUGGAAGAUGUUCAUUAAAAACCAUUAGGAUAAAAAAUAUGGAGCAGUUGGAAAAUAUUUGGCAACAAAAAAUGAUAGUAAACACUGGUACAUUAACACUGGAACAUGUAUUAUUUUUUGAAAAUAUACCAAACAGGCUCAUCUUGACUUCAAUAAGAAAAUCUAAAAUUGUGUGAUUUUUUGUCACUACACAUUGUAUAUACAUUUUCAUUGUCACUCCAGUUAUAAUACAUUCUUUUCAUUAUACAAUCCAGCCAAGGACUAUAAAUUUUUUCAUGCUAUCCAGUUAGCUUACCAUUGUCUGGUGGUUCUACAUAAUUCUCUGAUGCCAACUUUUGACUGAAAUAAUACACAUAGGGGCCAUGAGGUCUUCCUUCACCAAUAGAGCUGGAAAAUUCCCCAAAACAUUUUACAGCUUCACUGUAAAAAAAAGUAUUACACCUAGUAGGUGGAAGCCUGUACUUACUAUAUACAUGCCUGAAAAUUGUGGCCAUAUAUGUAUUUUAUUUAUUAUAGAUGUACAGUUAUCGAUGUAAUUUUAUCAUGUGCCAAUUUGAAUCUCGUAUAAAAUAAACAAAACAAAAGAGUCAA